GACAGUAGAGGGGAACGUUCUAUCGGAGUAUGUUUUAACGACUGUGUACAAACCUUUAAUGUGCCACUACAAAUCUGUCUGAGCUGCAAGGAUCUGCCAACAUGGUGCACGAACAUCCAAUCUUUGAGUCCACUCUGCUGAAUAAGCUGACGUCUGGCAGUGCAUUUGCAAUUGCUUUUAUAUUUCUUGUUUUUCAGUACACUUUCAAACUGGACUUUCAGUGCCCAUGCAAUGAUUUUUACCGGUGGUUCUGCGGAAUAUAUAUUGGUCUUCCAUUUUUCGGACUUUUUUUAAUACUGACCUUAACCGCUAAAACAUUUACAAUUAUUUCUGCACUGUGGUGUUCUUGUACACGUGCACUCUGUUCCCAUGAAGACUGCACCUUGAAUGAGAACAAUCCCCGUAGACCCUGCUCCUGUUCAUUCUGCUCUCGUGCACGUUUCUAUCAGGCAUGCGGAAGAUUUUCCUGUAAACAUUUUAUAAGAAACCUAUUUCUUUCUGCGUUAUGGAUCAUAACAAUUUUGAUUGAUGGUGAUGCUGUGGUGUGCUUGUAUCUGACAGAAGAAAACAUCACACGAUCAAACUAUCAAAUUCCUUGCAAAGAAAGCAACAAACUUACUGCUGAAGAAUCUGACAAAAUUAAACAUUAUCAGGCUAUAUCACAGGCAGUCGGGUUGGGAUUGCUUUUUGUUCUACCGCUAUUUUGGCUGUUGUUUUCUACGUGUUGUCAGUUUUGUAUAACAUCCUACUACAAGUCUCUAUUUGAAGACAUGUAUGAAGAGGAGACAAUAAGAUCUAUGGAGGAGGGAAUGCAAGAGAUAGUAAAAACAGAGAGUAAAAAAAAAAUUAUUACAAUUUUAAAUGUACUCACAACUAAUACUGUGGACUGGAAAAACUUGUCUAACCAAUUGAUUGACUUAAUCAUGAAAAGAAAUCUGAAUCAGAACCUUCCACAGCAAGACCAGGACCCUCCUCUGCAAGACCAGGACCCUCUUCUGCAAGACCCUCCAAUACCCUCCUCUGCAAGACCCUCCAGGACCCUCCUCUGCAAGACCCUCCAGGACCCUCCUCUGCAAGACCAGGACCCUCUUCUGCAAGACCAGGACCCUCCUCUGCCAGUGUGACAGAAAAGGCAAUAAAAAUGAAAAGUGCUAGUAAUACAAAGUUUCAGACAUCGUUCAGAAUAGUACAAAGUAAACCAUGGAGAAAAGUGAAAACAUUAAUGAAAAGUGAAAGCACAUAUUAGGAAGAUUAUUAUUAUUAUUUUUUUUUCUAUAGAAUGGAGUUUAGUGCUCAUGGAAGAUAUGAAUUUUGAUAUUGUUAGCUAUUUGGCAUUAAGUUACAUGUAACAGAAUUACAUAAUAAAUGUAAUUGUAAUCUGUUACUGAGAAAAAAUAUAUAAUUCAAUUACAGCUACUAAUGAAAAUGUUAACAAUUACAAAGGGGGUUACAUCUGAAUUUACACACACACACACACACACACACACACACUCACACUCACACACACACACACACACACACACAGACACAGAGUGAUAUUUAAUGUAUUUAUUUCAUAAAUUGCAGUGACUGCUCUAAAAUAUGAGACACCAAUGUUUCAGGAGUCUGGGACACAGAAUAGGACACGUUUCUUUGAUAAUCAUUAGUUAUCAUUAUUGCAAUAUAGUUCAAACACAUAAUUUAUCGAGUUUUGAUAAUAUUAAAUAUUUGGUUGAUGCUUGCUUGAUUUUUAAUAUUUUAAAUGGUUAUGCACUUCCCCACUAUGUCAGUUUAUAAUGCAGAAAGAUAAUAAUGGCAGAUUAACAAGAGCAACUACUAGAGGAGACUGUGCUGUACAGUUCAUUUGGAUGGUCAGUCUUUUCAAUUAGAGCCAUCAAUUAUGGGAAUACUCUACCAACUGAAUUAAUGAGUAGUACAAAUUAUUCAACAUUUAAAUAUAAAUUAAAGAAAUUGUUAGUCAAAAAGAAAUUGUUAGUUAGAAAAAGUAAGUCACAUUUGUAAUCGUGUGUAAUUCUUUUCUCUCUCUCUAUUCAUGAUACUGCCAUUAUUAUCCUUAGUGUUAUUGUAUGUAAUUGUAAUUGUAAAUGUUAUUGUGUGUGUAUGUGUGAUAAUUUACUGUAUUUUAGAUUUUUAGGUUGCCUUUUUAAAAUCUGGCAAGGGUCAACAGAUGAAAAUUAGCCAUUGAGGCUAACUCUGGUUUAUUUACAGUAUUUUACUG